UCUUAUAAAAUUGGAAUCCCCCAAAUCCCAAAAUGCAAACAUUUGGUCGUGGAACAAGAGUCUACCUCAACCUGAACCUCAUCGUCACCGUCUUCGUCUCUUUCUCAUCGCUACUCGCUUCGAUCGUCAUGGCUGAAUCUACUGGAGAAGCAACGGCAUCGUCUGAAGCCAAGGUUCACAUCAUCUACACCGAGAAACCCACCGAUGAGGAACCUAAAACUUAUCAUCUCCGUACCCUUUCCUCUGCUCUCGGCAGUGAGGAUCUUGCAAAAGAUGCUCUGAUCUACAGUUACAAGGAAGCUGCUUCUGGUUUUUCAGCUAAGCUCACUCCUGAGCAAGUCGCUGAGAUAUCCAAACAACCAGGUGUGAUUCAAGUUGUGCCAAGCGAGACUUAUCAGUUGCACAAACCUGUUGGUGGUGGUUUCAAGUUGACCUAACUUGACUUUGUCUAUUCAACUUCUGAACUAGACAUGUUGCUUUACAGAGACUAGUCUGUUGUUGUAAUGUGGUGACUUGAACUAGUAUCUAACUAAAAUAAUGUCAUGAUGUUGCUCUAUUCGAGUUGUUUGUGUUGAUAAGAAUUGAGUUUCUUCAAUAAAUUGUUUUCCGAGAAA